CACUUACAGACAGGCUCUCCGACUACCAACAAUCAGGAAGAAGAAUAAGGAGAGACGGCGCUGCAGUGAGAAGAGCGUGUUUGUGCUAAGCUAACACAACCCAGAAGCUAAAAUGGAUUUAACUGAACAGAUCAACCAGUUGGAGGCAGACUUGAUGGAAAUGGGUUCACUCUUGGAAAAGUCUGAGAGGAAACGAGUGCAGGAGCUGUUGAAGCAGGAGCAGAAGAAGUUGGAGAAGGAGCUUUCAGGCAAAAAACAACAGAAGGAGCUACAGGCCAGAAGACAAGCAGACCCAUCUGCAGCCUCUAAAGCAGCGUACACAGUGAAGAUCAACAACUAUGCUUGGGACCAGUCAGAUAAAUUUGUAAAAAUUUACCUCACACUGAAGGAUGUGCACAAAAUCCCAUCGGAAAACGUGGAGGUCAACUUCACAGAAAGGUCCUUUUCGGUUCUUGUGAAGGAGCUUGAUGGGAAAAACCAUCAAAUGAAAAUUCUCAAUCUGUCAUAUCCAAUCGAUGAAAAGGAGAGCUGCAAAAAGAUAAAAACAGACAUGAUCCUGGUCAUGUGCAAGAAGAAGACGACAAAAAAGUGGGAGUGCCUAACGAAGGCGGAACUGCAGUCUAAAGAGAAAGAAAAACCCACUACGGAGGAGACUGCAGACCCCAGCGACGGCCUGAUGACUAUGCUGAAGAAGAUAUACACCGACGGAGAUGAUGAGAUGAAGAGAACCAUCAACAAAGCCUGGUCAGAGUCCCAGGAGAAGAAGAGCCGAGGAGAAGACGCGCUUGACGUGUAAACUGCACCCACUUCUAUUCCGCAAGCGAAAAUAAGUGAGAUCUUCCAGGGCUGCAGCGGACAUGACUUGAAUAUCAAACGCUAUAACUGACAUCCCAGUAUAUAAAUCACACUUUCACAAUAUGUACAAUUUAGGUAUACAGCUCAUAAAUAAGGAGACAUGAGUAAUUGUUAAGCCCUGGAUGGCCUCAGCUUUAAUCCCAGGUUGCUAAUAGUCAUAAAUCAUAAAGCUGUUAAUAAAUAGAAUCACACAAUUGUGUACAAACACAAAAGUGCUGACCAUGAGGCAGCUGCCUAAACAGCAAGAAUUCACACCGAUUCAUCACCUACCAUAAUGCAGCCAUUUUCUUCCCAAGAUGAAUAUCUUGUAAGUUGUACAUGAUUUCCACUGGAUCAGGGAAAUUGAACAAUUGUGGACUUGAUCUGUUAAGUCACUUGCUGAUUCGUUGAAGCUAAACUGAUGUUUUCUCGUGAACAUUUGCUUAAGUCACCCUCACAUUCCUUAAAUGAAGAAGACCAGAGGACAUGUCAGUCUACAGAUCAGCCUUUUGAUUUUUUUUGUCAUUCUAUAAAUGGACCAUGAUGAUGAUUGCAAAGACUGUACCAAUCAUACAGCUGCCGAGUGUAAUCUACAUUACUGCAUGGGUGUGUAUGAAGUGUAAUGUGCUUUACUCGCGAUAAACUAUGUAAAACUCGAACAUCCAUUUCAAUUCUUUAAUGUGAUUUCCUACUAUGAUUUCUAUGGUUCAACUUUUUUGCAUUGUGAUUUGUCUCCAAUAUUUGUGAAUAUGUACAAAUUGACUUUUUAACUAAGUUGAUAUUUUGCUUUGGUUGUUCAUGUAAGUCUUGUAUGUAUUGUUGCCCGCCCUCAGGUUGUUCAUGCAGUUCAGACAAAUAUAACAUUUGAACUGA